AUGGCCGCCGUACACGCUCAGCCCGCCGCUGCCAACUACUUCUCUCCUCCGCCUCACACUCCUCAGAAGCAAAGGGGAUACAGAGUGUGUGACCAAUGCGGCGCAGUGGAACAGCCAUCAGGCAGCCGUUUCCGACUCUGUGGUGGAUGCAUGACCACGCAGUACUGUUCCCAGGAUUGCCAAAAGACACACUGGCCUUCGCACAAGGCUAUCUGCCAACAUACUGCCGGCCAGAUCGCUGCCGCGAAGCAGCCUGGCGACGUAGACGAGAACCUCGUCAAGAACCUCCGAAAAUUUGUCUCCGCGCACUCCACAUUGCUUGGAUGGGCGGGGUUCCAGGCGCUGCAGUUGAAGCGCCUACCCGCGAACGUCCGACAAAACGCGCUCUUGAUCGAGCUAUCCUACCGCCCUUCCGCCUCUGACUCCCUCCAUCGCUUCACCAUCAAGAAUACCCACAUCGUUCCCCGGACAUAUGUCACUGACAACGACCCGCUCGUCGGCGCUGACAUUCAGCGGCGCGAGGAGAGGUGUCGUCGAGCCGGCGGAAUCGGUACAGCCGUGAUUCUAGUCCAAUGUGGCGAGAUCAGCCAAGUCAUGCCCGUCGAAGUCGAUGCGCCAGGCAAGAUCACCUGGGACUCGCGCGAUGACUGGGCGGAAGUGUUGAGGCACUUUGUCGACUCUGGUCGGAUAGACUUCAAGCCCAUCUCAACGACCGCGCGAGGAGUUGUGUACGGAUGAACGAUUCACCCUCCGAUCAUACAUUCGCUUUCUCUCCGACGUCGAUCGUCAUCUCCGCGAACGUCGGGUACGUUCGCAUUGCCCUCUCCCGGCGCUGGUUCUCGGACAAUUACCGUCUAUAUUGCUGCAUAUUCACGCAUAAUUGGUGUUCACCCUGCUGUGUAUCGUCAUAUCCCCUCUUACAUAUUCAUCCUUGCAUUCUAAUUUAUGCACAGCA